ACGCCCGGGACGUGGCCCUCGCGCGGCGGCUCGGAUCGCCCCGUCGCAAGAUGGCGGAGCUGGAUCUGCUGGGUUCCAUCCUGAGCUCCAUGGAGCGGCCGCCCGCUGCAGCCGACGGCGAGACGCGGCGCCGGGCGCGGGAACAAGCUGCUCGCAUGAAGAACCUGCAGGAGCAAGAGAAGCGCCAGAAGGUCGAGUUUAGAAAGAGGAUGGAGCAAGAAGUAUCCCAGUUCAUCCAGGCCACCGGGGAGCCCCGGCGCCGAUUCCAGCCCAUGAACAAGAUUGAGAGGAGCAUCCUGCAUGACGUGGCAGAGGUGGCCGGCCUGACAUCUUUCUCCUUUGGAGAUGAUGAGGACAGUCGCUACGUAAUGGUGUUCAAAAAGGAGUUUGCACCGUCAGACGAGGAGCUGGAGGCAUAUCGGCGGGGGGAGGAGUGGGAUCCGGCCCGAGCUGAAGAGCGGCGUCGCCUCCGGGAGCUGGCGGCACAGCAGGAGGAGGCAGAGCUAGAGCGCGGCCCGGCCCCCCCGGGCCCCCCCAACGACUACAAGGACAAAUACCGGCACCUGAUCGGCUCUGACGCUGCCAAAGCCGCUGCCCGCACCAUGGAGGCCAACAAGGCGUACGGCUGCGUGCCAGUGGCCAACAAGCGGGACACGCGCUCCAUCGAAGAGGCCAUGAACGAGAUCCGGGCCAAGAAGCGGCUGCGGCAGGCGGAGGAUGAGGGUGGGGCCGGGGGGGGCCCCGGGGGCCCCUGUAUGUGAUGGGAGGGUGGUGGUGGGGGUCUGCCCCCCAGGGGUAUUUAACGCUGGGGGGAGGGUGAUGGGGACACAUGGAGGGGGUGAUAAAGUGCCUCCUCUUCUUGCCUGGUCCCCGUGUCUCUUUUGGGGGGCAGCUGGGGUGACUUGGGGGCUUUCACAGAGAUUUGCAGGAGGGUCUGCCAAUUCAGUCUGGUUGGAUUCAGUGGCUGGGAUUUGCACAAGAGUUUGUGUGUGAAGUCACACCUGAUGGCCUCAGCAGUGGGGGAUCUGCACGUGCACUCAGACCCGGAUGGACUCCGGAACAAGGGGGUUACAUGAGGAUCACACCUGCGUGGGCUCAGUGCUGGGGAUUUGCAUGGGGAGCUGCCCAAGGAUAUGGAGGACUCACACCUGGAUGCACUCGCUGCUGGACGUGAUGUGGUUCACCUUGAGUGGGAGGCAGUUGUGCGCCCGCAGCCUCGGCCGCCUGUGCGAUGCACUUUGGGACAGUUGGUCAGUGUCAGGUCAUCAUCCACGACCUGCACGUCUGCUUGUGUCAGGAAUUACUCACAGUCAUCCUGGUCAGAGGUGUCCUCAACUGACACUACUGUGGGGGAACAGCCACCUGUGUGUACUUGAGUUCACCGAUACCGCCCCAUCACCUGGGGUGGGUGGGAGAGGGACAGUGACCAUCCUGCGGCCCUGGCACAGCCUUGGAUGAGCUAUCAGAGUUCCCAGCUGCUUUCCCU